CUUCGUGUGAAUUCAAAAGUUGAUUAUAUUUACUUUGACAGAAUUAAGUCAAUAUAGAUUCUAUUACACAAGCAAAACGAAUAGUUUUAGGUUAUUUGAAUCAAUUUUAUUUAUACCUAUUUUCCUACAUUUUACAAACAAAUAGACAAGUUGACACUUUGAUAAAUUUAUUUAUCUAUUUUUUAAUACUUUUUGCAAUACCGAAACGUUUCGCUCGUAGAUUGACAUUUUGGCGACAGCGAGUUGUGUUGUGUAUUUUUUUGUUUACUUUACUACUUUACCAAAACUGUUCAAUAUUGUUUAUUUAAAUGUUGACUAAAAGAAGUGGUAUAAAUUUGCAAUAACGCGAUGUAUACUGUAACGUCGUUGGACGGUGAUAUUUACAACCAUGAAUAUUUCUUGCUUGAGGACGUGUGCCGACUCUGUUGGAAAAGGAAUGCCACUCAAGAAAUAUCGUGUAAAAGUGUGGAUAACGACACAGAAUACAGUAUUCCGCUUUUGGAUCAAAUACGGGAUUGUCUAGACAUCAUUUUAACUCACGAAUGCCGGCCUAAGAAGGUGUGUACACGUUGCAGUGACGAGGUGAAAAGGUUUUACGAAUUUAAGAAAUUCUGUCAAGAAACUGACAAAAAACUUCAGAAAAUAUUACAAAACUAUGUUAAAACUGCUGAAAAGUCAACUGAUAACAGCGGAUAUUACGUAAAAGUAGAGAAUGAGCUUCCUAUAGAGUUAGAGCAAGACGAAUCGUUUGACGACUUUCUAGAGUCACUCCAGCAUUCUGACUCUAGUGAAAACGUUAAUAAACUAAAGAAGGUUAAGUUAAAACAGACUUAUAAACCUAAAAGAUCUCCUACUUACUGUAAUAUCUGUAGAUUAGACUUCAAAACUGUCGAGCAGUUUUCUCAUCACAAUUCCCAGAAUCAUGGCAUAGAAGGUAAUUUUUACAAGUGCUUUGGCUGUGAGAAACGCUUUAAAAGCCGAAAGACUCGAAUUGGCCACGAAAUAAACUUCUGCAAAGGAUUAAAAGAUGGGUACAGAUGUACUGUGUGUGAUAGAUGCCUUCCGAAAAGGAGGAUGUAUGAAGCUCACAUGAGAGACCAUAGAGAAAAUGUAGCGAUAGAGUUACCGGAGGAGCUGUUUAAGUGCAAGAGGUGUUGCAUCUCAUUUAAGACCAGAGAGGGCCUAAAAGAGCAUGUUUCAGAACAUGAGACUGCAAAGAAAUAUGUUUGUGAAAGCUGCGGACGCGUGUUCACCCGACAAGACUACCUGCACAAACACAAGUUAACACACACGGGUACUAAACAGCAUGUGUGUCCACACUGCGGCUUCCGGUCUACCCAGCGAUCUUCACUCAUCGUCCACAUAAGGAAACACACGGGAGAGAGACCAUACAGCUGCGACAUGUGUCCGCAACGAUGCAUAUCCAGCUCUAACCUACGCGCUCACCGCCGCCGACAUUUCGGUCUUAAAAAGUUUCAUUGUACAAUAUGCGACAAGAAAUUUGGCUACAAAGUGAGUCUCGAAGAGCACAUCGAGUCCUCCCACCACCGCUCGCAAACCCACCCCUGUCCGCAUUGCGGGGCUCACUACUCCCGCAAACGGGGGUUAAAGCGACAUCUGACGGCCAAACACUGCGAGAAUGAACCUAGCGAAGAGGGUGAGAAGGUUGACAGUCUUUUGGAGGUAUUGUAGUAACUUGAUCAUAGAUGGCACCAUUAUACCUACUGCCAAAGAGAAUUUGAAAUAGAGGUGGAUUGUCAAAGUAAACUUUGUAGCCACAGUAAAUUU